UAGGCUGAUAGCUAGAUAAACCGUUGUUUCAUGAAAAUCACAAAACAAUAUGUAAAACCAGAAAAUAUAGUUGUAUUUGAUUUACUAUGUUGAAUCAUCACAGCUGUGAAAGUGAAAUUGCUGAGCAAUAAAUGAGUCCUACUCAGCUCAAACUCAAACAAUUAAUUUCAAAAAAACAAAAUUCAAUUACUCAGAUAUUUCCCAUAAACAACCAUAAAACUCUUCAUCAAACACUUUCAUAUAAAUACCUACUAUAUCCUUCUCCCAAUUCAACUCACACAAAACAAAAUAUCAUGACCUAUUGCUACCUCCUUCACGCACACCUUAUGCCACUCCUUCACCAACCACCUGCACCACAUUAAUCCCCCCUCUCUCUCUCUCUAACGCAAAUUUCCGAAGGGAAGGUGCAAUUUUCAUCAUCACCAAAGAUGCUUGAUUCAGUUCUUUUUGCGCUUUUUCUUCCUUGUUUAGGAAUGAGUUCAAUUUUCAUCGUCUACAUGUGCCUUCUAUGGUACACCACCACUCCUAAUUAUAACAACCGUGGUGGUGGUGGUUCUGAUGGUACACCGCCGAUUAAGCCGGUCACUGAUAAGGGUCUCUCCCCUUUAGAUCUUGAAAAGAUACCUAAAAUAACAGGUAAAGAAUUGGUUGCGCCCACUGAAUGCGCCGUUUGUCUCGACGAAAUCGAUAUUGAACAGCCGGCUCGUCUGGUUCCAGGCUGUAAUCACGCUUUUCAUGUCCAAUGUGCUGACACGUGGCUAUCUAAACACCCUCUUUGUCCUCUCUGUAGAUCCAAACUUGACCCUCAGAUUCUCAAUUCUGAAAGUCCCUGCUAAAAAACAAUCAAGAUUCAUAUAGGUUUAAAUUGAGGACGAAUUGUGAGAAUCUGAUAAAAAAAAAACUCUAACAGUGAUGAACAAGAACAAAGCUUUUUCUGAAGCUUAAACGCAUCGUUGCACCUUCUUUUUUUUUUUUUCUUUUCUUUUAAUUUUU